GUAGACACUAACGCAAUUGAAAAUGGCUUCGAAAAGAUUAAUUGUUCUAAUGUUUUCGAUAAAAAUUCGCCGAUUUUGAUCAAAUGACUAGUCCGGGUAAACAUUAAAUAUAUAUUUAUACGUAAUCACUUUAAAGGCAACACCAAACAGACACUGAAAAAUCAUGUUAGAGUCGCUUAGAGGAUAUCUAUAUGCAGCAACUGCUCCUAUUCGACUAGUUUUUACUAUUAUAAUCACCGUUUGCAGAACAAUUAAUACAGGAAUUAUUAACUUUCUUCACUUGCUUAUUAAAAUAUAUAAAAGAAUACUAUCUUUCUUCCAAGCCAUACGGGAUACUAUUAAACGUACAAAGAAUGGAAUAAAAUCUUCAUUUUGGUCAAAUAUUGACAGACUGAAGAGAACAUAUUACUGGAUAUUAUCAUUAAGAAGACGAUCUUUAGAAUUAAUUUGUCAAAUUAGAAUAGAUCUGCUGAAAUUUAUUCAAAAUGUUAAAUUCAAAGCUAAGAAAAGUGUUCAAAGCUACAGAAAACGUAUAAAGGCAUGGGGAUUUCAAUUGAAAGACAGUUCAGUACAUGUCUGUAAAGAUAAUUACAAGAAAUUUAUGAAUCUGAGUCGGCUAAAUCGGUUGAUGUUACUUUUCCUCCUUUCUGGAAUUAUGGUCUUUGUUAUAUUAGUUAUUAUAAUAUUAUAUGAUAUUCACACCGAUAACCUUCAAGGUGCUGCCAGUAAAUGGAGAAAUUUUAUCAAAUUACUAAAAGCUUGUAGAUUUUACUUAAAAAGCGCUGCUCUAUUUAUACUACAUCAUAGUUGGAUGACAUUAAUACUAUUGAUAAAGCUAUCAUGGUUGACCUUAAGCACCCUUUUAGUUCUAUUAUAUAACAUAUUUUGUUGGUUAUUCGCUAAUUUAGUUAACUGCUCAAAAUUUCUCGCAAAAGCUCUGCAAAAUCUCUGUUUCGAUUUCUACGAACAUGGAACAGUAGCUUUAUUUCGAGCGGCUAUUUCUACUUUCUACUUUACUAAGGAUUUUACAUGGGAACUACUUCAGGCGACAGGGCGAAAGAGUAUUGAUAUUUUAAAGGGAACUUCCAAGUUUUUAUCUAUUUCCUAUGAUUUCACUGUUAGUACUACAAAAACAGUCGCGGAUGCUACUAACCAAGUUUCACAAACCACAUGGAUUUGGAGUAAAGUUACUUUUCAAUGGAUUAAAUGGUUUAUUAUACAAGUUACAACUUUUAUCGUCUAUUUUUUUAAUGAAUGGGCGUUCGAUUGGAUAAAAUUUAGUCUUUUAAGUCUAUAUAAAAUGAUUUACGCAUCUCUACAUAUAGUCUAUAAGUUUAUGAACCAGUUUUUUAUUUCAACCUGUAAUUUUACAACUUCUUUCAUAAGUCAUAUAUACAAUGGAACUUACCUAAUGGUAUCAUUUGUUGUAAAUUUCUUUACCGGAUUUACUGGAGCUACCAGAGGCAUUGCAAAUGGUCUAGUCUUUGUAAUUAGAGGAAUUUUUUCAACAAUAGUUUUUGGUAUGGAAAGUACCGUUGGAGUUUACACAUCAACUAUGUCAAAGUACAACAAUAUCAGAGAAUUGAUUUUUAUAUUUGCCAUUUCUCUCUUUUGCGUUUAUUGCUCAUCGCUAGCGUAUGAUAGACAACAAAGUAAGAGCAAAGAGGAGGAGGAGGAGGAAAGUGACGAUGAAACCCUUGAAAAAUUAUAUCCAGUGGCAAAAUCUAAGCUAAUGCCAACCUAUGAUAAUCCUAUGUUAGACGAAUCCGAUACGGAUAGUGAAAUAGGUUUUAAGGAUGAAGUCGUCCCAGACAUAAAUACAGAGACUAAUUCAACAGACGAGGAGUUAUAAUCUCAUUUCUCUUAUAUCUCUUUUUUGUCUCAUCAGACUGGUGCUGUGUAAAAACUAUUGUCAGCUUUUCUCUUUAAAUAUACAUAAACAAACCU